UACAAACAGAGUGUAUUUGAGUGAAUCAAUAUUCAGUAUUGUUGGAAAAAAUAUUACAUACAAAUAUGAUAGAGGCGGAAACUGUGGGUAAUCUCGUACAAAAAAUGAUUAUUUCUCUUUGUGGAGAACAAAAACCGGAAAUAAUCAGAAAAUGGAUGCGUUUCUCACUGGGAUUGUUGUCAUCAACUCAAGGAAUAGAAACAUUACAGGAAGAUGAAAUUACUGUGGCAAGUCAAAUAAAAGAGAAGUUGUCAAUAUGUGAUACAGCACAAUUUGACAAACUGUUUAAUGAGUUAAGAUCUGGGCCACUAAAGAACAGAGCACGGAUCCUUAUAUUUUUAUUAAACAUGUGUCAGUCAGCAGAUCAUUUAAAGGAAAAAGUUUUUUUGGCACCUGAUUCAAAGUUAGGUUUAUGUGCAUCUUCUGCAUUCACUAGUGGGCAAUCAUCAGAAAUUUAUGCACCACCACAAAUUGUGCCUAUAAGUAACACAGACAGAAAUACAAUAGAUUUUUUAGCAAGUUCUAACAAAAUAUAUGGUGAAGAGUACAUUUCAGAGGAUGCAUUAGUCCAAGAUCUUAUAUAUUCUUUUCAAGGUAUUGAAGGAAAGAUACUAAAAUUAGAUUCCAGUUAUGGUUUUCAAAUAGACCCAAUGAUAAACAUUGAUAGGCCACGAAAACAAGCAACCUUGAGAUUGAGUGAACUUGGAUAUUUACACAAUAUCAUACAAAAAGGUUUAGAAAGAAUGUCAGCUAGUUCAAGUGGUCAAGUGGCUGAUAGUUUUGUUGCAACAUUACAUUCUGAAUUAUCUGAGUAUUACAGGUUUAUAGCACUCAUUCAAGAAGAAGUAAAUAGAGUUCUGUCUCAGUCAGGAUUAUACAGAGUUACACUGUCCCAUUUGCAUCUUUGGGCAUUUGAUCCUCUAGAAACUUUAAAGUGGCUGGCAAGUAUAGUAAAAGCUUGUCAAGGACAAAAAGGUGGUGCACUGGCUUCUGCAGUGUAUGAAUUUAGUAAUCAUGGUGAUGCUAGUGUGAAAAAAUUGGUUAGAAGGAUCUUGGAAAAUGUUUGUGAUCCUUUGUAUAAUAUGUUGAUAAGGUGGAUAGCAGAUGGUGAAUUAGAUGAUCCUUAUAGAGAAUUUUUCAUCGAGGCUUGUGCUGAUAUUACUGGAGAUAGAAUGUGGCAUGAGAAGUAUCAAGUCCGCAACAACAUGUUACCAUCUUUUAUUACAAAGGUACAAGCAAAAAAGAUUUUGGGGACAGGAAAGAGUAUUAACUUCUUACGUGAAGUAUGCAAAGAUUUCACCCCAUGGCAAGGAAGACAUACAGAAAUGUUUAAAAAUUUCAGUGAGGAAUACAAAGUUGACGUUCUUUUCGAUAUGGAUCCUGAUGGUCGGUUGCAGACAAUGAUGGAUACAGCUUACAAAGAAACAUCAACUAGAGUAGUUGAAGUAUUAACAAAACAAUAUCACCUCAUCGAGCAUUUACAUGCAAUCAAAGGUUAUUUGUUACUAGGACAAGGACACUUCAUUCAGCAUCUUAUGCAUUUAUUAGAGCCAGAAUUAGAUAAACCUGCCACUUCGUUAUAUCCACACAACAUAUCUUCUAUUCUGGAAACGGGAAUCAGAGCGACUACUGCAAAGGUAGAUGAUUUAGACGUACACAGACGGCUUGAUGUAAGGUUAUUAACACCUUCAGAAAACGAAAGAGGAUGGGAUGUUUUUAUUCUUGAUUACAAUGUGGGAGGUCCCAUUGGAACGAUUUUAGAACCCUGUAGGCAAAUAUAUCAAACUGUAUUUUUUGCUUUAUGGAGAGCAAAAAGAAUGGAAUCUAUAUUGUCUGCAAUUUGGAAACGUCAGAUAACUUCGGCAAAGAUGUUUCGUAAAAUGCCCGAAGUUUUACCAAUUCAGACACACAUUCAUUUAAUUACAAGUAGUAUGGUACAUUUGGUUCAUCAAAUGCAAUAUUUUUUCUUAUUUGAGGUAAUUGAGUGUUCCUGGGAUGCAUUUGCAAAACAGUUGGGACAAGCAGCAUCAUUAGAUGAUAUAAUCACGGCACAUACUCAUUUCAUAGAUGCUGUAAGGCGUGGUACAUUAUUGGAUGAAAACUCACAGGAGCUUAUGGAUCACCUACGUUCUGUAUAUGGCCCAAUCUUAGAUUUACAAAAUCUUGAAGAAACUUUUCUUACUCGUGCUACACAGGAAUAUGGAGCUCGAUUAAAGGAUAAUAAUUUACUUGCAACUUCUGAGCCAUCAAGUCGAUUAGAUUUUUCAGAAGUCUGUGAUGCAGAAAUCUCCAAACGACAAAUUGGAUUUUCGAAAUAUUUAAAUACACUUUCAAUUCAACUUAGACUACUUUCAAGAACAUAUCAGGAUAGAGUGAAGAAAUUUCUUAUAAUGCUUGCAUCCGCGGAAGAUGUCUCUUUACAAUUAUUAAGCGUGCGAUUAGACUUCAAUGAGUAUUACAAAAGUAAAGAUAGUCGUCUUGUUGUGCCAUUAACAUAUUUGCACCGCAGACAAAGCGAUCAAAGCUAUCAUAGUUGUAAAUAAUAAAU